UGUUGGUCUAUAUAAAGACAAGCCAUGCAACAAAGCUAAUAUCACCCUUAUCACUUCAAGAUCAAAUACCUCCUGCUUCUCGAAAAAAAAAUAAAAAUCUCUUAUAAUCAUCUCGAGAUCUUGGAUAACAUGGGUAGGCUUCCGGCUCUAUCUUUCGAUCCUUUGAACAUCAAAGAUUUCGCCAGUGAAUCAAACAAAGUGAUAGAGUUUAUCACAAACUACUACAAAACUGUUCACAAGUACCCUGUCCGAAGCCAAGUUGAGCCAGGUUAUCUGCAGGAUUUGUACCCGAAAACAGCUCCGUUUCAACCAACUUCACUUGAAACUAUUCUCCAGGAAAUCCAAACUGACAUUAUUCCAGGCAUUACUCACUGGCAAAGUCCAAAUUUUUUUGCCUACUUCCCUGCUACUAUAAGUAAUGCUGCAUUUCACGGAGAAAUGCUCUGCAAUGCUCUGAACAUCGUCGGAUUCAACUGGAUCUGCUCACCAGCAGCCACUGAGCUUGAGAUGAUUGUCAUGGAUUGGCUUGGCAAGAUGUUUAAUCUGCCACAGUCAUUUCUUUUCGAGGGCAAAGGCGGGGGAGUCUUACAAGGAAGUACUUCUGAGGCUCUAGUUUGUUUACUUGCUGCUGCGAGAGACAGAGCAUUGAAACAAUAUGGUGAAGAGAGUAUAACAAAGCUGGUUGUCUAUGCCUCUGAUCAGACACAUUUUGUUGUCAAAAAGGCCGCUAAAUUAGUUGGGAUUCCUCCUAAGAAUUUUCGUGUCAUACCAACAUCGUUGGCUACGUGCUUUGCACUGAAACCAAAUGAUGUUAAGAUGGCUAUAGAGCGCGAUUUGGAAUCAGGUUUAGUGCCAUUGUUUCUUUGUGCAACGGUUGGAGCCACGUCUUCCAGCUCGGUAGACCCUGUUGAGGGACUUGGCUUGUUAGCCCAAAAAUAUGGCUUGUGGCUUCAUGUGGAAGCUGCAUAUGCUGGAAGUGCCUUUGUUUGUCCUGAGCUCAGGCAUUAUCUUAAGGGUAUAGAGCAUGCUGAUUCUAUAAGCAUGAAUCUACACAAAUGGCUAUUAACAAACUUGGAUUGUAGUUGCAUGUGGCUGAAAAAGCCUAGUGUUUUGUUGGACUCUUUAUCUAUGACUGCUGAUUAUAUGAGAAAUGAGGCUAGUGAGUCCAAGCAGGUUGUGGACUUCAUGGACUGGCAAAUUGCCUCAGGCAGGCGAUUCAGGGCGCUGAAGCUCUGGCUUGUGCUGCGUAGAUACGGGGUCAAAAAUCUAAUGACACAUAUUAGAAGUGAUGUGGACUUGGCCAAGCAUUUUGAGGCCCUUGUCAAGUCAGACAAGAGGUUCGAGGUGGUGGUGCCUGUUAAUUUUUCGCUUGUGUGCUUUCGACUAAAACCAAAUGAGGAAACAGAGGAGAGCUUGAAGAUCUUGAACUGGAAAUUGAUGGAAGCAGUGAAUUCAAGUGGAAGAGCUUACAUGACUCAUGCAGUGUUGGGUGAUAUAUUUGUUAUACGUUGUGCCCUUGGAACUUCAUCAACUGAGGAAAAGCAUGUUAAUGAGUUGUGGAAUCUGAUCCAGGAGAAAACUCGCCAUAUUUUGAAAGAAAAAUGUUGGAAUGAGCUCCAAUUUCCCAUCUAAUACAUCAUCUUGCCAUGUCUAUAUGUAAGUUUGUGAUUAAAUACGUUUUUCAUUUUUUCUUCCGUUCCAUUCUUGCUCAUUUGAGUUCAAAAUCGUCGACUCUGAGAAGGAAUGUUCCAUUCUUGUUCCUACCGUUUUCCGCAAAUCUUAUAAUAAAGAUUUUGCUACCAGUCAAUAUUCCCACUAUAAGUCCUUUUCUCCUUGUCUAUUUUUCAUUCCAUCCAUAUUCUUCUUCCCCAACCAAACAGGUAACCAUUUUCUAUAUAAUUCUAAAGUGUGUAGUACAGUUAAAUGUGUGAAUUCUCCUCUACAUAAACUUGAGCUGUCUUUUCAGUUUUUACUGCAUAUUCUAUAUAGUUUUUAUUGUUAUUUUAAAAAUAACAAUUUUAACUAAGCGGUCAAAAGACUUAGAAGUAUGUGCCAAAAAAUUAAGCGACUUAUAUUUUAAAACGGAGGGAGUAGUUCACUGCCAUAUAUGGUCUGUUUUGCAGCAAUAAAUCAGAAGAGACACAAGGCGUGCAAGAUGUAUCUUGGUUGUUGUAUAGUUUGAUGGGAGCCUGCUCUCAUUCAAUUUUCAGUUUUAAUGUAAUUAUACACAUAUUUAUAUAUUGAUAUUUUAGGAGAUGAUAUGGUUGGCAGAUAUUUCACA